GAGAAAAUAGCAGAUCUGCUGCAGAUAGGGUAGGGGAAAGGGUCUAGAAUAUGUACACGCAGCUGACUCGGGCAGGCUCCACGCUGAACGGUCACACAGAGAGGAAACAAUAAAUCUCAGCUACUAUGCAAUAAAUAUCUCAAGGAAACUACCAUUAUAGUGAAAUAAAAAAAAAAAACUAACAUUUUAGAACAAAGCUAACAAAUGGCUAGUUUUCUGUGAUUCUUUUUCAAAAGUUUUCUCUGAGGGGGAUAAAGUCAAACAAACAAGCAGUUUUACCUAAAAUAAAGACUAGUUUAAAGGUCAGAAGAAAGGAGCAAGUUUUUGCGAGAGGCACAGAAGGAGAGAGCUGGCAGUACAAUGACAGUUUUCCUUUCCUUUGCUUUCCUCGCUGCCAUUCUGACUCACAUAGGGUGCAGCAACCAGCGGCGAAGUCCAGAAAACGGUGGGAGAAGAUAUAACCGGAUUCAACAUGGGCAGUGUGCCUACACUUUCAUUCUUCCAGAACACGACGGGAACUGUCGUGAGAGUACGACAGACCAGUACAGCACAAACGCUCUGCAGAGAGAUGCUCCACACGUGGAACCGGAUUUCUCUUCCCAGAAACUUCAACAUCUGGAGCAUGUGAUGGAAAAUUAUACUCAGUGGCUGCAAAAAAUUGAGAAUUACAUUGUGGAAAAUAUGAAGUCGGAGAUGGCCCAGAUACAGCAGAAUGCAGUCCAGAACCACACGGCCACCAUGCUCGAGAUAGGAACCAGCCUUCUCUCUCAGACCGCAGAACAGACCAGAAAGCUGACAGAUGUUGAGACCCAGGUACUAAAUCAAACUUCUCGGCUUGAAAUACAACUGCUAGAGAAUUCAUUAUCAACAUACAAGCUAGAGAAGCAGCUUCUUCAACAGACAAAUGAAAUCUUAAAGAUUCAUGAGAAAAACAGUUUAUUAGAACAUAAAAUCUUAGAAAUGGAGGGAAAGCACAAGGAAGAGUUGGACACCUUAAAAGAAGAGAGAGAGAAUCUUCAAGUCUUGGUUACUCGUCAAACAUACAUUAUUCAGGAACUGGAGAAACAAUUGAACAGAGCCACCAACAAUAAUAGUGUCCUUCAGAAGCAGCAGCUGGAACUGAUGGAUACUGUGCAUAACCUCGUCAGCCUUUGCACUAAAGAAGGUGUUUUACUAAAGGGAGGAAAAAAAGAGGAAGAGAAACCAUUUAGAGACUGUGCAGAUGUAUAUCAAGCUGGUUUUAAUAAAAGUGGAAUCUACACUAUUUAUAUUAAUAAUAUGCCAGAACCCAAAAAGGUAUUUUGCAAUAUGGAUCUUAAUGGGGGAGGUUGGACCGUAAUACAACAUCGCGAAGAUGGAAGUCUGGAUUUCCAAAGAGGUUGGAAAGAUUAUAAAAUGGGGUUUGGAAAUCCCUCUGGUGAAUACUGGCUGGGGAAUGAGUUUAUUUUUGCCAUAACCAGUCAGAGGCAGUACACACUAAGAAUCGAGCUAAUGGACUGGGAAGGAAACCGAGCCUAUUCACAAUACGACCGAUUCCACAUAGGAAAUGAAAAGCAAAACUACAGGUUGUAUUUAAAGGGUCACACUGGGACAGCAGGAAAACAGAGCAGCCUGAUCUUACACGGUGCUGAUUUCAGCACUAAAGAUGCAGAUAAUGACAACUGUAUGUGCAAAUGUGCCCUCAUGCUAACAGGAGGCUGGUGGUUUGAUGCUUGUGGCCCAUCCAAUCUAAAUGGAAUGUUCUAUACUGCUGGACAAAACCAUGGAAAACUGAAUGGGAUAAAGUGGCACUACUUCAAAGGGCCCAGUUACUCCUUACGUUCCACAACUAUGAUGAUUCGACCUUUGGACUUUUGAAGGCAUAAUGUCGAAAGGAGUCAUAAAAGCAACAAAAAAAAUCUGAAGCUACCAGAUAAGAAACUGCUUGAAAACUUCUGAAGCAAACAAUAUUGUCUCCCUUCCAGCCACAAGUGGCAUUUAUGUGAAGUCACCAAGGUUCUUGACUGUGGACUUGGAGCCUUUAGAGUUCACAGAAGUCUCUAGAUGGAAUUAAUCGUGUUCAUAAAUCUUGACUGUGGGGAAUGCCACUCACCAUCAUUUUUAAAAAGGGAAGAAACUGCUCAGUUCACUGUGCUUCAAACUACUACUGGAUCUUAUUUUAGAACUAUGGUAGCCAGAUGAUAAAUAUGGUUAAUUUCAUAUAAAAACUGAAGAAGAAGAAGAAAAAGGAGAAGAAGAAGAAGAGGAGGAGGAAGAGGAAGAAGGAGAAGGAGAAGGAGAAGAAGAAGGAGAGAAAGUAUAGGAAGAGGAGGAGAAGGGAGAAGGAGGGAAAUGAACAACAACAAAGAAAGAAUAUACAUGAAAAAUACAAACAGGCCUGCCGUAAUCCUUUGGAAAAGAUGUAUCACACAAGUGAAAUGGUGUUAUUUCUAUGCAAACCUACUAAAAAUCAGUUUAUACUUUUGCACAAUUUUGAUAAAAGUUUAAGAAUAAUAGCAUUGCCCUCUAAGUUGGUUAAAUGUUAAUGGAUUUCAGAAGCCUAACUCUUAAGUCAUACUUACUAGUUGAUUUCAGUUAACCCAUCUUCAGAUGUAAAUUCCAUUUUGGUAAACCAUAAUGACUUGUAGUGCAUGAAGAAUAAUAGUGUGAGUUAGAAACAUGCUCCAUUUACUCUGAUUUUUUGAUACAGUUUUCAGAAAAGAAAUAGACAUGAUCAAGUAUGGACAUACAAAGCAAAAAAUUACCCCCCAUGCUACAGUUUUCAUUUACUUUAAAAACUGAGUGACAUAUAAACAUAUUUAUAGCAUGAGUAAAAUUUAAAGAAUGUGAAAUAUACCAUCAAGCUCUUAAAAUAAUAUACAUGCAUUUAAUAUUUCCUUUGAUAUUAUACAUGAAACCAGUAUUUUAGAGUGUAUUCAGUUGGAGUAAAACCAAAUAAACUGGAACAGUUCAUUUUACAAUAUCUUCUUGCAUGUGUACACUUAAGUAUAACUUCAUUAUUUUUAAAAUCACCAUUUCAAUUCUUCAUUCUGUUAUUUCAUGCUAAUUUAAUUUUUGCUAAUUAAGUGAAACAUGUUUUCCAGAUUCACCCUGUUCCAGUUUCUAGGAGAGAUACACUUUGAAGUCUAUAAAAAUAAAAGAAGAAUUAUAAAUACCAUUGUACGUAGCAUGUUUAUAUCCAUGGUAAACCUAAUAGCAGUUUAAUCUGGAAUAUGCAAGAUUGUCCUUCAUUGAAGCAAACAAACACAAGUUUUGAAAGAAAUCUACUAUACUAUUUUACAUUAUUUCUUCACGUUUUUCUCUCUCAGGCUCUGUUUUCAUAAGCAACUUCUGAUUUUUAAAAAAUUAUUUAGUGGAGAAAAUUGUCAAAAUUCUGUAUUAAACAUAAGGAAAACACCCCAAAAGAGAAAAUUAAUCAGUUAUCUAAAAAAUUGUGACUUCUAGCUACUAUAAUUCUCUCAAUGAAAAUAUUCCUAUGGGAUAAUCUAUCUUAAGUGAAUUUGGGGGGCACAAGUUUUUGUGGCAAUAUGAAUUUAGUACAGUAUUUUAUCAAAAAUAAACACUGCCUCUAAGUGUUCAAGGUUACAAUAGUGAAGCAUUUUUAUCAAAAUGUGAGUUAUUAUGAGGUAAGAAAAUUGAAAUACAUAUUAAGUGUCCUUUCUUAGAAAAAUAAGUUUGUUCAAGGCAACAAUAUAGAUUUCCUCUGUUUGAGAGAAUAAAGCUAUUCCAUUUUUAGGAAAAUAUUUUUUAAAUUUGCCAUCAAGUCUUCAUGUUUACGCAUCUGUAACAACCCCAUUUUGCCUCACAAGUGACAUUCUCCCAUAUUAUGCAGUUGUUCAGUUCUUGGUGACUCCUUCAUAGCACUGUUCAGCCUCUCCCUCUAAAGUCCUUCUUGAUUGUUUUCAUUUAAGUGAAUGAAAGUGAGUGUUUUGUUCUUUUGUGUUCCUACAGAUUUUUGUUACCAGUCUUUUGAUAAAUACUAUUUCCCAACUCAUAUUACAAAAAUAAAAUGAAAUAAUGAAAAAAAAAAGAAAGCAUGAUAUUUACUGUUUUGUUAUCUGGGUUUGAAAAAAUGAAAUAUUGUUUCCAAUUAUUUAUAAUAAAGCAGUAUAAAAUGUUUUAUGACUUCAUUAUGUGUACUGUGUAAUGCUUACAGCUGUGCAACUAUUUAAUAUGUGUAUCCUUUACAUUUAAUUAUUUCAAGAUAAGGUAAUUAGGUAUUAGGAUCUUGUCUUUAUGUUUUUAUCUCAUUAAACUUUAUGUGGUUUCUAGACCAUUUUUCUCACAUCAGUCACAGAUUUAUUUGAUUUUAAAUAAAACUGAAAAUGUAUUCAUGCAACCUCAUCUCAUUUUCAAUAAAUGUUUUACAAAUUUUAAAAUUAGAGAUCUAUAGAAGUAUGGAAUCACUGGGAGAAAAAAAAAACUACUAAAUUAACUAAUCCCUCAAUCUCUGAAAAACUUCCAGUCUGGGAUGUGAUAAGAAAGCUUAGCUCCAUUAGAAUGUUAGAUCAAAGCAAUGGGUCUCAGUCCCACAUCUCUGUAUGGUUGUAUGUUCUACCAGUUAUGAAUGCCAUAUUAUCAUAUAACAAUUGACAAUAAAUUCUUGGAGCUCUGAA